CUGCGCGCUGAUUGGUUACUCAGAACAGGAGGCGUGGUUUCGUCAUAACAAUGCAUUUCAAGGAACAUACACGCGCCAAGGAAUGUUUCCUGUCGUAGCUAACGUUACCUUUUCACACGUUUAACGGUAUUUCCUGCUCAAGUAAACGCUGCCGUUAACGGACAGACCAUUUUGCUGUUUCUGGAGAAAACGGAUUCCCUAUGCAGCAGUUAGAAGCUUGUGUUAGCUGACAAGCGUUAGCAAGCUAACAGCUCCGUCCGACAUUGUCAGAAAUCUGUCUGAGAAAACAACAGUCUGUAACGUUAGUUUCUAUCGGGUGGUGGUAACGUUAUUCCGUUAAAGGCGGUUACGUGCCAGGAUAACUUGAUGGGACACGACAUUUCGGAGGCUGAAACACCUGCCAUCUCCCCUUCUCACCGAGCAAGCAAACUAGCUAAGAAAGGUUAGGACAAUCAGAGGCAACAUAGAAGUGCCUCUACUGUACAGUUUCCUUUCCCAGAGCGUGACUCGUCUGCACGACGUCACCAAUGCGACCAUGGGAAAUAGCAGUAAAUAGGCUGCCACCAACAGCCCCCUUAAACCCGAGGAGGUUCCUUGGAGAGCCCUGCAACGCCCCAGUGUAUCUCAGGAGAAGCCCACCAGUGAGACACCAGUGGGGGAGACGAGACAGACCUGUACUGCACACUUCCCUGAUCCAAGAUGAGAACUUCCAUCAUCUGCUUUUCUCCCAACAUCACCAACCGGUUCCUUUAGAUGAGUCCAGACAAUACAGCCACACCAGCACACCACCACGCAUGCUUCACCCUGCUGCUCACCUGCCCCAGCAGAGCCCCAUCAUGGUGGAUCUACAUGACCAGAUGCACCAGGGAUCCGUUCCAAUAUCAUACACUGUUACAACGGUGACGACCCACGGAUUUCCCAUCCACACCGGGCAGCCCCUUCCAGGGUGCAACACUCAGCAGCUCCCAGCAUGCUCGGUAAUGUUCAGCGGACAGCUCUCUCUGCUCUGCUGCCUUCCUCCUCCUCUCAUACAGGCAUGUACCAUGCAGCAUAUGCCAGUGUCUUAUCAAGCCUUUCCACCCCUGAUCUCCAGCGAACAUUUUGUAUUGCACCCAACCCCAUCUGUAACCCCCCACCAGCCGCCGCACCUUACUCCUUUGAGCCAAUUUGUCCCUUUACAGCCUCAGCACCCACGCAUGCCUCUACAGAGGGUAGACAAUGAAGUUGACCUAAGAGGGGACCAGCACCCAUUAGGUACCUUCUCCUACCCUCCCUCUCAUCACCCACCAGCGCUGCCUCCUUCUCUGCCCCUACAGUAUCUUCCUCAAGAGCCUUUGCACCAGGAGCUUCCCUUUGGAGUGCCAUAUCCCCACAUGCUGCCCCGGCGAGUGAGUGGACAAAGAUACCGUUUGCAGCAACCUCUCCCCCCUCCUCCUCCCCCUCCAUCUUACUACCCAGGCUUCCUUCCUUACUUCCUGUCGAUGCUUCCUGUGCCUCCAACAGCAGUGGGCCCAGCCAUCAGUCUAGACCUAGAUGUGGAUGAUGUGGAGAUGGAGAACUAUGAGGCUUUACUGAAUCUGGCGGAGAGGUUGGGUGAAGCGAAACCACGUGGACUCACUAAAGCUGAUAUAGAGCAACUUCCGUCCUACAGAUUCAACUCAGAGAAUCAUCUAUCUGAACAAACGCUGUGUGUUGUUUGUUUUAGCGACUUUGAGUGUAGGCAGCUACUUCGGGUAUUACCUUGUAACCACGAAUUCCACGCAAAGUGUGUGGACAAAUGGUUAAAAACCAAUCGCACUUGUCCCAUCUGCCGAGCCGAUGCCUCGGAUGUACACCGGGAGGUGGAGUGAGAACUGUCUCUGAGUGCUGAACUGGAAAGCUUGCACACGCCAGACAGAGUCUGUCCCAAAACUGGGGACAUCUGCCACCUAACCUGCGUCCUCCAGUAGAUAUAGCUUACCAACCCACCACUCCUGCCCCUUCCUAAAUAAUAAGCAAUCCAGGAUUGUUUACUGGAGCCUGUUGUACCUCUGCUGUGCUUCAUUGUCCGAGUCUCAUGAAACCCACUGCCUAUCGCAGCCUAUAGCCAGAGUUCUGGGAUCGCCAGCCAGUUCUUUCUCUGCCCCCUCGUUGCAGAUUCCAAAGAUUUCCCCAACAAUGCAUUAUUUGCUGCUUUUGUUUACAGGGUUUCAUUUUUACUUAGUGGAUUUGGUUGUGGUGUUCAUGACUAGUGGGAGUCCUGCAUCGGAAGAGUUGAGUCGGGAGCCUGGAGGAUGAUAGGCUGGACGCCUUGUGCAAUUAGCAGAAAAAUAAUAGGAAUACUUCGACAUGUGCAUCUGUGUUUGGAGGCGACGCCUGGCCAUCAUAGAUGCAUGCUUCUGUAGGUGUUGGGCAAAGUGACUUGUUAAUAAUGUAUGUUCUGCAAUAAUGUAUUGAUCAUUUCACAGUUUUACCCCGUAAUUUGUUUUAGAUUUGCCAAUUCUGUUGUGAAAGUGUGACUUGCUAUGGUUAAAUGCAGAUUCUGUUGAGCCUGAGGUUAUGGACUGCAAGCGAUGGGACAUGCAACUGUGGAGUUUCUUCUGCCCCAGAUUAUCCACUCUGCAACACAGAUCUGUACAAAAGCGGUCAUGGAUUAAUGGACUGCGUCUUUUUUGAGGUCAUCUGGCAUAACUGCACAAGUGCUACAUCCACCCUCCACGUCAGCGUUGUUCCUCUGGCAAGUGUGUAUGUGUGUGUACAUAGUGUGUGUGUGUGUGUGUGUGUGUGUGUGUGUGUGUGUGUGUGUGUGUGUGUGUGUGUGUGUGUGUGUGUGUGU